AAACGUUUGAUUUGAUUCACAUUUUUUUUAAUCCAGUGUGAAUUUUAUUUCUUUCUCCGCAACCAAACGUUCGUUACCCCGGAACCUGCCUUCGCAUCACUGGAAAUGUAUGUACAAGCGUUCAAUCUGUGCUGAUAGCAAGGUUCGCUGCGGUUCGCUUACACCAGCGCCUGUGGAGUCCCGUUGAGCAGGGUGUACUCAGGCGGUAUGAGAGUUUCACUACGUACUGUUCCGUUCGGCCUGUGGUUGGGAUUUUCUCCGUUCUGCUCCCCUAUAACUCUCUCCCGUCCGUACAUAGCCCUGAGGGGUUAGCCAUCUCUGGUCUUAUCAUUAAUUUCAUUCAUGGAGUCUUGGAGAACAGAUCUCCUUAUCAGCAGGUUGGAUACGGUGUCCUGAGUGUGCAGUGAUAGUUGUGAUAAUGGUCAGUGUCGAACUCAGGACGUUUAAUGUGUGAAGUUGUUUAAUUGUGUUUCAUGCACUGCAGAUUAUUUCACGGCGUGAAAACAAAUUUUAAGUAUUUUUUUGCGUGGUAGACGGCUAAUUGUGUGGCAUUCCGUUUUGGAUUAUUUACAGUUUUGCUAAAGAAUAUGACAAGUUUGUUUACGUCUGUCACAUGAUUCGGAAAUCAAUACCAGUUGCACGUGCGUGUGUGAUUGACAGACGUCGUUUGGGAAUGGCACACUUCCGGUUUGUGAUAUCGCAGACAAGACAGUUUAGACAGAAAUGCGAAAAUAAAAACGAAUUGUUGUGAAAGUUGAAACAGAAAGACGUUCUUCUGACACGAGAAUUUGUUUUCUCAGCUGAUAAGCUCGACAUUAAGAGGGAUUGUGUUUUUCAUUGAAUUUCAAAGGCGGAAUUUCUUCUUUAUCAAGGCGAUAAGGUAACAAUGACAUUGGAAUAUCACUGACGUACCAACACACACAAUGACGAAAAAACUUAUAGUCCCGGGAACGUUUGAGCUAAAAAACAUUCUCCAAGAGAAGGGACCCUUGCCACACCCAAAGAAACCCCGGAUCCGGAAGUGCGAGCUCAUUCAGGACGUGUCAAAGUUCAAGGACGUUGACGAGCAUGCAGCGAAGGUUGCUGGUUCCACACAUCGAUUCUUCCGCGAGUUGAUUUGGCAACUGGUCCACAGUUGUCCGGCCGUCAAAACAGACCUCGACAAAGUCAGGGCGAUUUUUCAAUGGCUAACGUUACGCGAUCUCAACAGCCCUAUUUUCACAGAGGAAACGGCCAACAACACAGUGGAAUAUAUCAUGAAAGAGUUCCAACAAGGGCAGCGAACUCAUGCACAGAUUUUCCAGAUCCUAUGUCUGUAUUCCGGUAUAUAUUGCAAAGUGGUCACGGGCGUUGCUAAGGGCAAAGACUAUUGCCCAGGCGAGACAUGCGCUCUGGACAAGUUCCGGCAUUGCUGGAAUGUGGUGUUCAUCAAAGAGAACUGGUUUCCGGUUGACGCAAAAUGGGGGAGCCGUCAAAUGUCCAACGAGAGGUCCGACAGUUAUAGCGAUUUCUACUUUUUAACUGACCCGGAUCAACUCCAGCUCAGCCAUUGGUCAGAAGUACCUAGCUGGCAGCUUGUCGAUCGACCAAUCAGUUCAUCAGAAUUUGAACAUUUGCCAUUUGUUAAACCUCACUUCUUCAAAUGUAGCCUGAACUUCAUAUCUAAUGUGAAGGCGGUUAUUGAGACUCGGAGAGGACAGGUUAAGUGGGACAUUGGGCUGGGCACGCCCGUCAAGUUCUCGUAUAAACUCGUGUCCGCCGAGACUCGACAGGAACAGUGUGGUGAAAUCAACCUCAAGGAUUUUGUUUUCCACGAAAUUCAAAAUGGCCGCGCUAGUUUCAUACUCAGGUCGCCCCUUACGGGAACAUAUUACCUAAAACUUUUUGCUAAGCGCCAAGAAGAAAGAUCCCAGAAUCGAAGUCGAUUUCUUGAAGUUCUAGAGUACAAAGUGCAGAUAGACAAAUCUAGUAUUGAAGAUGACCCUCUUCCAAAAUGCUGGGAUCACACGUGGGGUCCUGGUGAAAGGACAGAGCGGUUCUGUAUCUACCCAGUUCAAAAGCGUGGUAUCAUAACUAGCAGUGAAAAGUCCAUUAACUUCGAAAUUAACAAAACUAGACCGGUUCACCUACUUUACCGAUUCUGCCGUAAUGGCUGGAAGGAGUCAGAACUCCAGAAAUGUGUAAAGGUUGUCCAGGAUAAUGAUACCAAAGCGUAUGUCUCUAUCACCUUACCAAUGGCAGGCGAGUACGGACUCGAACUCUUCGCUCAUAUACCAUCUAAACCGGAAGUGGCGUAUACGCAUGUGUGUCAAUAUUUUAUUUCCUGUCAGAGAAGAGAUGAGGAAUUAGACGAAUCUGUGAUAGAGAAGUUCAUUGACCGUAACGACAAACGACCACCAACUCAGAUUGUCGACAAACCAAUGACCAAUGGUGUCCCGGAAGUCUCAAAUCCAGGCGAAGCACCAUCUACAUUUGAUCCAAAGCCUCUAGCUGACGAUGAUUUGGAGGGUGCACCUCCGGCCGCGGUGUCGUCUGCCAAGUAUAUGGCGGUGUUGGACAAACACAGACAGAGCAUGCGCGAAAUGGACGGAUAUGCAAGAAAAGUCUGUGAGAAACACCACGCGACAUUCCGAGAUUUGUUGUGGGAUCUGCUCUCGAGUAAACCAGUAGAGGACCCGUUCACCAAGGUCAGGAUUCUCUACCUGUGGCUGGCCACCAAGAAAGUACAGGACAUCACAUUUGAGGACGUGACGGAAGGAAGUCCAGAGGAGACUCUACACUGCCUUCACACAGGCCGGACUACGUACGCCAUGGCCUUCCAUACCCUGUGCAGGUACAGCGGGAUCCCCUCCCGAGUUUUGACUGGCCAGGCUAAGGGUACAGACUACAAGCCCGGACAGAUCAUGGGUGGACCGGGAUCAAACUUUCACACGUGGAACGUUGUCAACGUGGACGGUAAUUGGUUCUUUGUCGACAUCCGGUUUGCCAGACGACCAGUCAUCAGCAACCUUACAACGUCGGGAGACAUCCAGCAUGGCCUGGACGACCAUUUCUUCCUGACAAUUCCUUCUAGAUUUAUCUACACGCAUUUCCCUGACGACCAGCAGUGGCAGCUGCUAGAUCCACGGGUUACCAUGGAGCAGUUCUCAAACAUGCCCGUGAUGACUCCUCAUUUCUUCCUGCUAGGUCUUGAUAUCCUCAGUCAUAACACCUACCAAGUUACUAGCAAAAGGGAGACAACCAUUACUUUACGGUACCCGACCAACUGCCCGCCAUUCCACUUCACUUUCAGUAUCCAUCCAAAUGUGAAAAACGAUGAGGGUGAAGGUCAAAAACUCAACCGGUACGGUAUGCUCGAAGCCCAUGAAGGUAUUAUAACCUUCCGAUUACGACUGCCGGAAAAAGGUUCGUAUACGUUCUUCGUUUAUGCUAAAGAAGAUUCACCAGAGAAAAAAGACAGCAUGUUCGCCCAAGUGUGUGAGUACAAGAUUGUCCAGGAGGAGGUGCUGUCCCCUGUGGCAAAGCCUUACCCCCCGUGCGCCUACCAGAGCUGGGGACCAGGAUCAGCCUUCUAUCUAUUCGGCAUGCUAACCGAGCACACGAGCGCUGUAAUCCCUACCCAGGGAGGCCAGGCUACGCUGGUCGUAACUACGCCAAAGAUUAUGCAGUACAGGACGAGGCUGGUUCAGUUCCAGGACGCCACUGACUUUGAGGGAUACGUUAUUCACCGCACAACGGGGAACGAGACUAAAUUCUCCAUCACUGCUCCCGGACGUGGUGAGUUUGGGUUCGAGAUAUAUGCGAAAGACCCAGAUAUAGACUCGAAGAAGAUGCGCCACGUGGCACAAUACCUUGUCGUGUGUGAGGAAGACGUGAAACCUAUGCAAUUACCCCGUCUUCCGUCUGGUUUCCUUGGGGAACAACCGAUGUUGGUUAAACACGGGAUCAUUCCCGCCACUCAUCCAGAUCCCAUCAUGCAUCUGGAUGGAAAUUACGUCGAAAUUGAGUUCCAUACAACAAAGGGAAUGCGCUUCACCUCGAGCAUGAGUGAGAUUGAGACUAAACGAGAAUGUUCCGAAUUCAUCUUUAUACAGUCCAUAAGUGAAGGAAUUCGUUUGUGUGUGCUCCUCCCACAGGAAGGGUUCUUCGCUUUAUGUAUCCAUGGCAACCUCUUCGAGGACAACAGUCAGCAGAUACCGGGUCUUUUUAACUACUUGAUACAUUGUAAACAGCUAUCAUCCCCAGUGGUGCGUUAUCCGAAACAGUUCGGCUAUUGGAAGGAGGGGUGCUAUAUGUGGGAGCCACUUGCCAUCUCGCCUAAGUUAGAAACCGAACUGAUCCCAUUUCGUGUUCGGAUUCCGAGGGCUUUCACAGUAGCGGUAGUGGUUGACCAGGACUGGACUCGUCUUGACCAGGAUGAACUCGGUAUAUGGGAGGGCAAGGUAGAGCUUGUUCCUAACCAGGAAGCCCCAUCCCGAAUUGUUCUUGUAGCAAGUUAUGAUGUAGAGCAAAGUCGAUUUGCUUCACUUCUAGAGUACAGCGUCUAGCGACACGGGGACCUUAUAGCCAGAUAACUUGAGUACAGCGUCUAGCACAUCGGAGAGCCUUAUAACCAGAUAACUUUACUACUGCACUUUAAGUCAUGGAUGAUCGCUGUUACCGAUAAUAGAAAUGUUGAAUUACUUCGAUGAUGAUGGACUUGUUCACUUCGCGUCUGUAGUAGGCUUUGGCAGCUAUAUAUGUGGGUCACCUGCCAUCACUUUGCCAGGUGCCUCGAUUGAUAAAAUGUCCGCAUCGCAAAAAAAGUACGAAAAUAACGGAACAAGUCUCCUGACUACUGAGUGAAUUUUGUCUUCGUUAACAUGGUGUAUAUUUCAGUUGGAAUAUUGAAUAGUGUGUAAAGCCACAGAGAUAGUUCUACUUCCGCGAUGUAUAUAUCAGAAUGUUUCUACGGAAAGUGCUUCAUUAUUCCUGUCAGGGGCGUUAUAUAUUUGUUUGUAUAUGUAGUAAGAGCAGUGUCAGAAUGACAUUCAGCUGCGUUGAUACGGAGCGUUAUGUGGAGACGGAGAUAUUGAGGCGCUGUUUUUGUACCAGUAUGAAAUAUAUUUCCGCCUGGGGGCGCUGUAUACGGUUUUGUAUUUAUCCGCCAGGUGUCCGUUAUUAUGGCGAUAUUUACCCACCAGAAGGUUGGGUAGUGCUAUGUAAAUAUUUCAAGGAAUUUAGGACCAUUACUUAAUUUGCAUGAUCGUGUGGUAUUAUUGCUUCAUACUCAGAAACGAGGAUAUUUUCCUACCAAUGUGGGUCGUUCCCACUGACCGUGGAUGGAAUGGUCCAUCGUUUCAUAGAUGUCAUGUGGAAAAUCAAAACGGGCUUUACAAAAUCAACCACCAGACUUCCUCAAUAAGAACAGGUCUGUCCUUGUAUCCAGAUAGUGACCUUUAAACGUAUAUGAACUAAUUAAACUGAAAACGGUUUCACAGCACAUGACAUGUCGAUAGAGAUUGAUAAAAAACAACAUGUUUACAUUUUUGAUAGAAUAGCACGUUUUCAUGUUCCGUUAUAGACUAGCGAAGUUAAUUUGAGAUAAAAGAAAGUUGUAUUUUUGAAGUUUUGAGCUAAUGAUUUCAUGCACAAAAUGUAUUAUUAUCAAAGAUUUCUUGAGGAACACAAACUGAGAAACUGUUAGCUCGCCUUCGUAUUCUACCUCCGGUAUUUACAGCUGUAGUCUGUGCAAUCUAUAAACUGUUGAGUAAUGAGGUAAUAUAUGACGUCUUUAUAAAAAAAUAUUCAUGAUGUAUCCAUCUGUUGAUUAAACGAGAAAGGACUUAA